GUGACUGUCUGCUCGUUCGCCGAGGAGCAAAAACGAGCCUGAGAAAAAAGUGCUUUUUAAGAAAUGUUUUAAAUUUAUUUCGACAUCUUGCGGUGGACUGCAGACGCUAAAGAAGUCAGUCGGGCUUCCAGAAUGCCGUCCAACAAAUCCGUGUCGGAGGCGCCCAUCACUCAGCUGCUCAACUGCAGGAUCCUCAGGGACCAUCGGCUGCAGAGGGAGGACCUGUGGGUGCGCGAGGGGAAGAUUCUGGAUCCCGAGAAGCUCUUCUUCGACGAGCAGGCGUACGCCGACGAGCGGGUGGACUGCGGCGGCGCCAUCGUGGCGCCGGGCUUCAUCGACGUGCAGCUCAACGGCGGCUACGGCGUGGACUUCUCGCAGGCCUCCGACCACGUCGGGGCCGGUGUCUCUUUGGUGGCGCGGAAGCUUCUGGAACACGGCGUCACGUCCUUCUGCCCCACGUUGGUCACGUCGCCGACGCACGUCUACCGCAAGGUUCUACCCCAGGUCAAAGUCCAGGACGGCGGUCCUCACGGCGCGGGCGUCCUCGGGCUCCACCUGGAGGGUCCCUUCAUCAGCGCCAAGAAGAAGGGCGCCCACCCCGAGCGCUUCCUCCGCACCUUCUCGGGCGGCGGCGCGGCGGCGGACCUGAUCGACGUAUACGGCGGCCUGGACAACGUCGCCGUGGUGACGCUGGCGCCCGAGCUGGAGGGCAGCCAAUCGGCGGUGGACGAGCUGCGCCGGAGGGGCGUGACCGUGUCGCUCGGGCAUUCGGUGGCCGACUUGUCGCAAGCGGAGGACGCGGUCCGCCACGGCGCCUCCUUCAUCACGCACCUCUUCAACGCCAUGCUGCCCUUCCACCAUCGCGACCCGGGCAUCGUAGGCCUGCUGACCAGCGAUCAGAUCCCCCCGGGCAGGAUGGUUUUCUACGGGAUGAUCGCAGACGGGAUCCACACCAACCCGGCCGCUCUGCGCAUCGCCCACCGCGCCCACCCGGCAGGUUUGGUGCUGGUGACGGACGCCGUCGCGGCCACGGGGCUCCCGCCGGGCCGACGCACGCUGGGCCAGCAGGACGUCGAGAUCUGCGGCCCGCACGUCUACGUGGCAGGCACGCAGACGCUGAGCGGCAGCAUCGCCACCAUGGACGCGUGCGUGAGGCACUUCAAGGGCGCCACAGGCUGCAGUGUGGAGGAAGCCCUGGAAGCGGCGUCGCUGCAUCCCGCUCAACUUUUGGGAAUCACCGAGCGCAAAGGAACGCUCGACUUCGGAUCGCACGCAGAUUUUGUGUUGCUGGAUGACGAGCUCAACGUGGAGGCCACGUUCAUUUCCGGACAGGAAGUGUGGAGGAAAACCGCCGAAGAACAACAAUGACUGACUGACUUAAAAAGCAAAACAACUUAUAUCUAUAUCUAUAUAUAUAUAUUAUUUUUUUUUCAAUGUCCCAUCAUCCUUUGCGGGUUUGACUGGCAGCUGUCAAUCACAUCCUCACAUCAUUUCCUGUCGUACCUUUCGAAAUAAAAGUUGUCCUCUGGAGGCUCGUCGUGUGAGCGGGAAGUGGCCCUCCCUCACGCCGUCUCGCGAGGACGCGGCGAGCGCGAACCAACGGACCUGGAGCGGCCACAGAAGCCCCGCCCCCACCGCGCACGGCCACGGGGCCUCCGGGACCGCCCGGUGAACGGGGAUGGACGCGUACCUGCGAGGUGAGCCGGGGGGCGCCGUUGUCACAGGCUGCGUUGAAAAUCGCUCCCCAGCGACCGUAUCGCGAGGCGGCCAUUUUGUAGCGCUGUCGGAAUGCCGAUUACCCCGAAGGUUCUCAACCUGCGCAUUUUUGAUCGACCCCGUGAACCCGAUUUGAUAGAAACCGCAUUUUGAAUUGCGUCACGGCUUUCGCGGCGAGCACGGACGGACGUUUCCGUCGUCUGACCGGCGGCGGGCACGUGACUUCGAACUCGGACAAUUCUAGCGUGAAGAAGUCCGCGGUGUCGCCGAUGGGUGCCCGGCGCUACCUUUAAGCCGCGUAAGAAAACGAUUCGUUGCUGUAAAUCCAAACAUCCCAUUUUCAGCGGGGUUCUCGUUUUCUUUUCGGGUGACGCAGUCUGCUUCAUCCGCUCCCUUUGUUGUCACAUGGGAACGUCGUCGUCUUCUCUUUGGAAUGUUCGCUUCAUUUCAAAUGCUAAUGACUUUGCCCACAACACUUUGCUGCUGAUGUUUCACAAUAAAAGCAAUUUUAAGAAA